AUGAAAACCCUUAGAUUUAAGAUUACCCAAGCAAUCACGACGUACUUCUUCAACCAUCCCGGCCAAUAUCCCUACGUAGUGCCCCUGUGUCCUGUCGUUCCUUGUCCCGAAAUACCGCCCGCAUACGCCGCAGCUCCUGCCACCGCCGCCGUACCUUGUUCAUGCGGCCAAUGCGCCCAGCACAUGUACAAUAAUCACCAUUUGACCGCACCGAGUACGCUCAUCGUAAACCGCUUUACCGAAAUCAACUAUUUCGACAAUCCGCCAGUGUCCACGUCGCCGGAAAAGUUUUGCUACGAAAUGGUACGUAAUACCGCCGAAUCCGUGCAACUUCACAUCGUGCUCAGCGAUGCCUUCGAAGAUGUCUUCUGGUUCCGCGGCAACGCCGGGUACUUGACUGUACCUGGGGAGCUUUGGAAAUUCGAGGUUUCUUGA